GUUAAUUCAGUGUGUAAGCAGCUUUUGUUUGUUAAAUUCUCUCUGUUUCUGUCUUCUCUUAAAAGGGCCUGGAAAUUCAUGCGAUUUUAAACGUUCUCUUUAGUUCUGUUUAGCUUAGCUUGUAUUUCUUGUCAGUAACAUUGGAAACUGAGAAUGCCUUGAAUUUGAAUAUUCCUCUGCAUCUGUUAGAGUCUGUUCUAGACAUGAGUUAUGUAAUCAUAACAUUUUGAUGAAAUUGUUGAUGAUUUCAUUUCAUUUCAUUUUCAUUUUGUCAGCAGAAUUCUGUGAUGGGGUGGAGGAAGAAGGUUGAUAAGACAGUUCUUUGGCUUUUAUUGGUACACAUUCUGUUGAUAUCAGUAGUGGGCGCUGAUAACCGGCGCUUGAACCUAUGGCCAAUGCCAGAAUCAGUGAGCCAUGGACAAGGAACACUUUAUCUUGACAGUGAAAAAUUUGAGCUCAAGACUGAAGGAAGCAAAUAUGGUGAUGCCUCAGGGAUUCUCAAGGAUGGAUUCUCCAGGGUACUUGAUAUAAUUAAAGGAGAACAUAUCAUUCAAGGCACUUCGCGAUUCGGUUCCUCUGUUGUGAUCAAGGGGAUUCAUGUUGUCAUUCUAUCAUCAAAUGAUGAGUUACAAUAUGGAGUUGACGAAUCUUACAAGUUAUCGAUUCCGGUACAGGGAAAUCCACUUUAUGCUCAUAUAGAGGCGCAAACGGUUUAUGGGGCUUUGCAUGGGUUGGAGACAUUUAGCCAACUCUGCUAUUUCAAUUUUGAAACAAGAGUGAUUGAACUUCAUCAGGCUCCUUGGACCAUUUCAGAUAAACCAAGGUUUUCUUAUCGAGGGCUGUUAAUAGAUACAUCUAGGCACUUCUUGCCUCUACCUGUGAUAAAGAAGGUCAUUGAUUCUAUGACAUAUGCCAAGCUGAAUGUGCUGCAUUGGCACAUUGUGGACACACAAUCAUUUCCUCUUGAAAUUCCUUCAUAUCCAAAGCUAUGGAAAGGUGCUUACUCCAGUACCGAAAGGUAUACUAUGGCGGAAGCUGCUGAUAUAGUAAGCUAUGCGUACAAAAGAGGCAUUAACGUAUUGGCUGAAAUUGAUGUACCAGGACAUGCUGAAUCCUGGGGGGUAGGCUAUCCCUUACUCUGGCCUUCAAAAAAUUGUACUCAGCCCCUUGAUGUAAGCAGUGAUUUUACUUUCAAAGUCAUUGAUGGAAUCCUCUCAGACUUCAGUAAGGUGUUCAAGUACAAAUUUGUCCACCUUGGGGGUGAUGAAGUUGAUACUAGUUGCUGGACUUUGACACCUCAUGUAAGUGACUGGUUGAAGAAGCAAGGCCUUGAUGCAUCUCAGGCGUAUGAAUACUUUGUAUUGAAGGCACAAGAAAUAGCUCUGUCCCAUGGUUAUGAAAUGAUAAACUGGGAAGAAACAUUCAACAAUUUUGGUAGCAAGUUGAACCCGAAAACUGUGGUUCACAACUGGCUUGGAGGUGGUGUAGCACAGAAAGUAGUUGAAGCUGGAUUGCGGUGCAUAGUAAGCAAUCAGGAUAAAUGGUACUUAGACCAUUUGGAUGCAACAUGGCAAGGUUUCUAUUCCAAUGAGCCCCUCACAAACAUUACAAAACCUGAGCAACAAGCGUUGGUUUUAGGUGGCGAAGUAUGCAUGUGGGGAGAACACAUCGAUGGAUCAGAUAUCGAACAGACUAUAUGGCCACGAGCAGCUGCAGCUGCCGAGAGACUGUGGACACCUUAUGACAAACUAGCCAAGGAUCCAAGAGAAGUUACAGCAAGGUUAGCUAAUUUUAGGUGUCUGUUAAACAAAAGAGGAGUAGCUGCAGCUCCAUUGGCUGGUCCGGGGCGAGUCGCCCCAUUCGAGCCAGGUUCCUGCUACAGACAAUAG